AAGCGUCUUAAAUCCUAAAACAGGAAUCACUGGAUGCUCGAGAUUCCAAAAAAGCGUCUAGAAACUGGUAAAUACUUGGACCAUUUCGACUUCAAUUUGACGGCGAAGUGUUGUAGCAACUGUCUCCUUGCGUUAUAGGAAGGCGGCGGGGGGAUGCGGGGGCUCGCCCCACGAACCCGUCUUCCCGAGGGAUAUAGACCCACAGUUAACUGGAUUUGAUGUAUAAGAGGGACAUCUACAGUCAAUGGCCACUUGCGCCACGUUGCUACGAUGGAAAACAGAAUGGUCAAUAGGAUAUGGUGUGAUGAAUAGUGAUGAUUGAAGAUGCUGCUUCGAUACAUGCAAAAUCAAUGGGAGAUAUUUGCUGCGUGAGCAGCUGUCUGAGCUUUUCUUGACAAGCUCGCCUUUAGGAAAUUGGAGGCAUAUUGUACCAUUAGACGGUCUUUCUCACGUGGAUAUAAAUACGUUUGCCUGACUGCAGCCAGUCAGCCAGACAACUAAUGUGGGACCAUGGCCCUGCCCGGAUGCACAUGGCCACGUUACGUUUGGAGAGUAGCGAUGGCAGGCUUGGUCCACAGAGGAGUGGGCGCCUCAUUGACUCUCUGUAUGUUGGGAUGUUUGCUUCAGGCUGCCCACGUGCUCUCACAGAAAUUGGAUGAUGUGGACCCACUGGUGACUACUAACUUCGGCAAGAUAAGAGGGAUUAAAAAAGAACUCAAUAAUGAAAUUUUGGGGCCUGUUAUUCAAUUUCUUGGGGUUCCAUAUGCAGCCCCACCAACAGGAGAACAUCGUUUUCAGCCUCCAGAACCACCAUCUCCCUGGUCAGAUAUCAGAAAUGCCACUCAGUUUGCUCCUGUGUGUCCCCAGAAUAUCAUCGAUGGCCGAUUGCCAGAAGUCAUGCUUCCUGUGUGGUUUACUAAUAACUUGGAUGUGGUUUCAUCGUACGUGCAGGACCAGAGUGAAGACUGCCUGUAUUUAAACAUAUAUGUCCCAACUGAAGAUGUAAAAAGAAUAUCCAAGGAAUGUGCCAGAAAACCCGGCAAGAAAAUAUGUAGAAAAGGAGAUUGCUCUAGGGGAGAGCUGCUAGUGAACAGUAGUCAGGCAUUAAGCAGUAACAUGAGAAGGAAAAAGGGACCCAGAACGUCCACAGCAAAUGGGCCAUGGACACUCUCCGAGUUGGAUAGCUUAUAA